AUGAUUGAAGGUCUUUGCGAAGUAGUGACUCGGAAUGUUGGUCUCGCGGAACCUAUAGUUCUGCUAUUUACGCGUCUUCUGCUCGCUUGUUUGUCUCCUAAUUUGGUUGGCCGUGUGCGCCAAGCCUCAAUUCAAUCGCAACGAAAUCGCAAGCGCCUAGAUAUUGUUGAACUAAUUACUGAAAAGACAACAGUGAUGAAUACCACAUCCUUGUCCUCCGAUGAUCCAACUGGCCUUCCGCCUGUCCGCAUUGACCAGGUUAUUCGUCUUGAUCCUAACGAUUCAUCUGGUAUACGACAUUUAGAGCACCCGGCUACACUAUUCUGGUGUCUCCAGAUGCUACUUUUUCUGCCCCAAUUCUCUCCCCUUCUUGACCGCUUCACCCACUUGUCAUCUCCGAACUCACAUCAACUUGAUAAUGCCUCAACCUCACAAUCACAAUCUUCACUAUUGGCUUCGCAGUCGUCCUCUCAGAUCACACAACUUACUCAGCUUACUGGGCUCAGCCAGGCAAGUUGA